AUGAGCGUCUUUUCCGUGGUGGCGAGCUACGCCGUCUUCUUCUACUUCGGUGAGCUUCUCAUGCGCCUCGUUGUGGUGCAGCCGCUGAGCGACGCCAGCGCGGUGCGGUGGUGCUUCGCCAGCACCUUUGCGCUGUCGGUGUCGCUCUUCAGCGCGGUCCUCGUAGACAUGGCAGAGGCGUCGCUGUUUCCAUCUGCCGCCGCUUCCUCGGCCGCGGCUGCGGAGGGCGGUGCGGGCGGCAUCGCGGGAGCGGGUGGCAAGUGGGCGUCGUGGCUGUCGAUGACGUCACUGCUGAUUCAUCCCCUCAUGCGGGUUAGCGCGCGGUCUUUUACGUGGCUGCUGCUGCUCUUGCUGAGCACGGUGCUAGUUGCCUGCCCCGCCGUCUUUGUCACCUCGCUUCUGCGUCACGUAGUUGUCCGUGGCAGUGGCCGCCGGACCGCUGGUACGCGGUUCUGCAGCUCGCGGAGGUUAUCGAGAAGCGCGAGUGGCGUCUGGGGUCUCAGUGCGCGUCACUUGUGCAGCAGCCGCUUUCGCAGCCGGUCACGCUCCGAGUCGAGCUCGAUUUUCCGGCACGACUGCGAGGACACAACGCGCUCGCGUGGACUCUGUGGUCGGCUGCGCUGGGUGCUGGUGUGCUUGCUGGUGGUAGUCGCGCUUGUCUGCGCCGACGUGUGGGCGGCGCGCGUGAUGGGGCUGGAUGCGCACGCGGUGCGACAGACCUCCAUCGCGAUCGUGCGGCGACUGUACACGCAACUGCAGACCCGCACGACCAUUCUGAACGUACCACGGGAGAUCGAACACAAGAGCACUUCCGGUGCUGGCGGUGACACGGCAACCCGAUCUUCGGUGCAGGAGGCCGGUCAGGUGAGAAGCAGUGCAGAGGGCGUCCUCGAGGCCGCCGCCGACCGAGUCGCCGAACCCCUUGUCGACGCGAAGGUGGAGGUGCCUGGUGGUGGCGGUGAUGCCGCUGGACAGGCGCCGUUGCCACAACAGCCGCGGCGACCAUUCCCUCUCGGUGAAGCCGUGCACGCGAUGCCGUCCGCGGCGGCGGACUUGCACGCGCUUGUGUGCGCCGUAACCUCGCGCGUCGCGACCGUUGGUGUGGCGAUGAUCGGCCUCUUGUCCGGCUACGCCGCCGUCACCUCCCCAUGUUUGUUCUUGGCGCCCUACACCUACUGGCGCGGACGCGAGGAGGAGCUGCGGAAGGCACAACAAAACUUCAACAAGAAACUAUGCUACGUGCUAAACAGCUACGGUGCAGCGCAGCGCCAGAUCGCCGCCCUGCAGUACAGCGUACUGCAUGAAGAGUGGUCCUCACCGGCCUUUGCUGCCGGCUCACCAAGCCCGCACCGCGGGUACUCGUUGUCUCCGCCAAAGCAGGGCCCGGCUCUGUACAGCGCAGGUGCUGGCUAUGACCCGGUGAACCCCUACCACGCCCCGUAUCCAGGUUUUGACGGCAGCGGCGGCGUCAGCGGCUACCCCGCCCAGGGGAGACUGCCGGGUGGCAGCGACUUACGGCAGUCUACCGGCCUCGGCAAUCAGCCGGUGCCGCCGCACGCGCCACAGCACCAGGUGCAGAGCCAAAGCCCCACCGGCGCGGCGGGACGGCUUCAGCAGAAACUCUCUAACACCGCCUACGCGGGCGCUGGCGGCGCCUCAGCUGGUGGUCGUCUCUAUCCCAAGAGCCCCACCUCAGCCGUCAGCAACCCUACCCUCUCCCGCCAGCGGGCUAUCGCGCGCAUCAGCACCCUGCGCAGCGAGUCGGCGGCAUCACGCUUCCUCAGCCUGUCGAUGUACCUGCAGCUGCACGAGGUGGAGGGCAUGCUUCGUGAAGCGCAGCGCGGGGCGACUUGGGUGGGUCGAUGGUACGCCGGCCUCGGGGUGGCCAUGACGCUCUACUCGGUCGUGAAGAUCGGUCUGACAGUGGCGAGUCUGUGGUUGUUCAAGGCCUCCACGCAGGACCCCGUCACACAAGCGGUGACGCUGCUAGAGAAUACAUUCAUCUUGCGUCGACGCAACGCCGAGGGCGUCGUGUCCUUCUCCGUGACUGCCGUAGAGAUCAGCACUCACGUCGUUCUCGCGCUGGCGCUGGUGGUGAACGGGUGGAUGUUGUUGAACUCGAUCCGCGGCGUGCUUUUGGCUCUCUUCCACGUGACGAUGUCUUUCAGCGGGUCUGCCAUCUGCCGGCCCGAGACGAUUUCCGUCGGGCUCUCGAUGAUGAUCGGGGUGUACUUCAUUGGACAGCUGGUCAUGCUGCGCUCGUCCCUGCCAGGAACCGUGGCAAGCACGCCCGGCGGGGCGCCGCCGCCUGACGGCACCGCCACAUCCAACGUGCUCCUCGCCGUGCUGGGGUCUCUGCCAUACUACUACUACCAGCGGCUAAGUGACUGGUGCUUCUUGGUUGGCUGCGGCGGCGCCGUCGUCGUGCGCAGCGUUGUGCUGCGCGACACACUGUCGGCUGUUGUGUACACUGCCAGCAGUGGUGAGGAGCAGCAUGUGGUGGGCUGA